CUCACCGAUGGCCCUUCCCUUACAGAAGCGGUGGUGCUGGAACCGGCACCGUUCCGGCACGGUGUCAUUCCCGGUUUUCUGGCGGACCCGACGUUCGCGGAGGCGUUGCGGGAUGAGCUGCUGGGCCUCGGCUUCCGCGGGCGGCGCAAUGACCUGCUCUCGCUGCGGCAGUCCGAGGAGCUGGGGGCAAGCCCGGAGCCCCACGUCGCCGCCCUGAGGCAUGCUCUGUGUGAAGAAUUCCAAGCAUGGCUUUCUGCUGUGACCCAGAUAGCACUGGAGCCCACUAUUGACAUAUCCUGUGCUAAAUAUGAAUAUACUGAUGUUUUGCUGUGCCACGAUGAUGAGCUGGAAGGUCGGAGCAUCGCUUUCAUCCUGUACCUCGUCCCACCCUGGGAGAAAAGUGAUGGGGGAACGUUGGAUCUGUACAGCACAGACGAACACUUUCAGCCACAGCAAAUCACCAAGUCAUUAGUGCCUUCAUGGAACACACUGGUUUUCUUUGAAGUGUCUCCAGUCUCUUUCCAUCAGGUGUCAGAAGUUCUGUCGCAGAAGUGCCGCCUGUCAGUGAGCGGUUGGUUCCACGGCCCAUCUGUGGCCAGACCUCCACGGCACAUUGAAGCCCCCUUGGCCAGGAGCCCACACAUCCCCUAUGAUCAUGAAAUAUUGUAUGAGUGGAUCAAUGUCGUUUAUUUGGACAUGGACUCCCAAGCUCAAAUCCAGGAGGAAUUUGAGGAGCGAUCAGAAAUUCUCCUGAAAGACUUUCUUAAGAAAGAGAAAUACCAACUACUGUGUGAAGCACUGGAGAACAAAGAGAUCCAGUGGAGUAGUCGGGGGCCAGCCAAUAAAAGACUCUAUGAGGCAGCAGAGGAAGACAGCCUCCCUGAUACCCUGAAGGAAUUUCUGCAGCUGCUGCGCUCCGAGGCCUUAUUUUUACUGCUUUCCAACUUCACUGGCCUAAAACUGCACUUCCUGGCUCCCUCUGACGAGGAUGAAGAUACUGAGGAGGGACAAGCAGCAGACACCACUGCACACAGCAGUCCCAAACCUAGGCAGGAAGAGACUGAACAACCAGCUAAUGGCAAUCCACAUCAGCCACACCAGCCUGAGAACACCCCUGAAGCACAGGACAGUGAGACACAGGGUGGCUCGGGCACUCCUGUGUGUGCGGGGGAGCUGCGACACUGGACCCAUGGGCACUACACUCUUGUCCAUGACUCUCAAGCCACAGAAUUUGCUCUUGACCUGCUCUUCUUCUGUGGCUGUGAAGACUGGGAUCCUGAAUAUGGUGGCUUUACUUCCUACAUUGCUAAAGGUGAAGAUGAAGAGCUGUUGACAGUGAAUCCAGAGGACAACUGCUUGGCCUUAGUUUAUAGAGACAAAGAAACUAUGAAGUUUGUGAAAUACAUCAAUCAUCGAAGCUUGGCACGCCUGAACAAGCAUCCAAACAGAACAGGAUUUUGGGAUUUUUCCUUUGUCUAUUAUGAGUGAUGGUACAGUGUGACCACUGUCACAGAGAACAGUGGCGGGUGGUGGGCAGGUUCCUAUCCGGACAUUCAGCUCUGACCUAAGCUCAGACAAACUUUGCUCCUGCAACUCCAUCACACUGCAUAAUAUGUUGGCAGAUGGUUUUUUUAACUGCAAAAAUGGAAAUUCAGUCUUCUCCUGAGUCCAUUGUGAUACGCUCUCAACUGCUUUUAAUGCUCUGUGGGUGAGGUUGUCACACAGCUGGCAGCUUUCCACCUGUUCUGUCAUGGGAGCAGCACAGUGGCAUCUCUGACCCAUCAGGGUGAAAAUUACAACUGUACAUUGCCCCAAGCUGCUGACUAAUUUUAUUAAAAAA